UGGCGAAGGAAGGGUAUCCUAAAAUCGGGGGUAGGGGGAAGGAAAUAAUCCAAAAUGGCUGCCGUUUCUUUUCCUUUGAUCCUUUUGUCUUUUUGUCAGUAGUCGUCUGCCGUGUGGACUCCGAGCAACAUUCGGAAAAUUCAAGUGGUUUUCGAUACAAAGCUUCAAAUAUUUUUCGAUCUGUUGAAGGUCAAAUCGUGGAAAUCCAUUCUAUUCUACAAUUUUUUCUGAUAAAAUUUGAUGUACAUCAGAUACAGAUUCAACACACGUGUGUUGAAUAUGUAUAGGUCCAAAGAUAGUUAAGAUACCCUUUUUUAUCAGUUGUCAGUAAAUCACCUGAUCGAGAGCACACUAGGCCCUAAUCUUGUAGAAAAAGGUUUGUUUUCCAGUGAAGAAGAGUAGCCGACCCAAAACUUACUACUAGUACCACAACCCAUGUCCAACUCUGAUCCCAAACUAUUUCUGUCGACUCAAACAGCUGGUAGCUGCCAUCAUGUAGUGUUGUUUCUAUCUGAUUCAAGUAUUGCUAUUAUACACUUCAAGUCUGGACUUUGGAAGAUGCUUGGCAUGGUCCUAAAUUUUUCACUGGAUCAAAAUUGGAUAAGGAAAGUUUUCGACAUUGAACAUCACUUCCCUCAGACACGAUCUUCUAACGGAAACAUUUCGUUUCUAGAGUCUCCUGCUAAUGCAAAAUGCGGAACUAUUGUACGAGAAGGAACUAAACGACUCCACAACGAACGAGUUGAACAAACUUACGUGCACAGCAACUGAAUGGUCCAUUCAGUUCGUUUUUAUUAGAUCAGCGUAGCAGUGGGCAAAAGUAAAGUGGUGUUAUUUAUUUCUCGUAAAUGCGGUGGAUGCCUAAGAAAGCUGCCGACCCUGGCGGUGCAGGUGCAAGGAAUUUCAUUUUCUCGUUUUAAUUGAGGCAGCUAUAAAUUUACGAUGCCACAUUUUUUUCCAGCUCCCUAUAUUCCUUUGAAACUCUAUUCGAGAUUUAUGUGCCGUCUUUUUCCGGUUUUACUCGUAAUUUCUCAACAUAAUAAUGGUCUAAGUUUAUUUUUAGCCCACGUGAUAUUUUGAUAUUCUUUCAAAGAAAAUAGGACAUGGUAAAUAGCAGUAGAGGUGGGCGAGUCUUUGUUCAUUCCCUCCAGUCAUACUAGGAUAAAUAUCCCGCAAUCACAGCAGUGCAUAGAAACAAAGCUAUCAUUACUAGAAAAAAAGUGGUGAGACAGAAAAUGCAUAUGUGCCAUAAAGCGGACGUUGUCCACAUCACUGUUUCUUUUUUAAAAGAAUUAAACAAAAGGUAACAGGGCGCGUAUGGUCAUUUUUGUAGCAUACAUCCGAAACCGUAGACUCCCGAGGGCACACUUACCUGCCGGUGCUGUGAGUGAUUUACGCCAACAAUAGGGGUGCACGCGCGCAUUUAAAAAAAAACAGUUUGGCCGUCUUAUUUUAACGAGAAAUGGGAAUGGUUUGUAGCCUACGAGAUGUUUACUCCUGCAUGUUACGUAAAAAAAGAAAAAAACUCAUUGAGGUUGACCAUUUCAAACAGAUUUCAAUAUUACAACCCAUCGGUUCGAUAGUAAAACUAAAAUUACAACACCUCUACAUACAGACCUAGUUGUAAUUUUAGUUUUACUGUUUUAGCGCAUAAAAUACGAAUGCUUUUUUUGCUAUAGGAAAAGAUCGUUUGAGCUGGAUGGACUAACACAUCUUUUUUUAUUUGAUGUACUGUAGUCAUGUGUUUAACUCGUCCAAUUUUCUUUUUCGAAUGAUAAUAACUUUAAUAAGGCAUCCCGAAAAAAGGCCUUAAGGGUGAGACGGCAUAAGUAAUGGCUCGCAGGCAUAAGGUAUCUUAAACGCGUCGUAACUACUGUAUACCGCCAACUACAAAUAGGCGCCAAACAAGGACAACUUGCGAUAGUCAUCUGUCUGUUACCGACACGAAAAGUUGAGUGGAGAUUGCGUAAAGUGUUGGAUUCCAUUUCAGUUGAACGGUAGAACUAGAGUCUUAGGCACAAUGGAUAUCACCUGCUACCCCAAACUUUUGAUUUGUAUUCUGUUACUGUUUCCAUUGACCUUUAUUACCAAAAUCACUAGUGAACCUUUUCAGAGCGAUCACCGUCCAUCCGAAAGAUCAUUAAAAUUAUCCCCUGACAAAUUUUCAUGGAAACAGCGACUAGGAAAGGUAUUCUCGUAUAAUUGGAGAAAAAAGGGGAAAUUGAGUGUCGACAAAGUGUUGCCUCCAUUAGAAAGUUCGAUUGCCCCACCAUCCGAAAGCGAAUUGAAAAUCUUCCCACCGAAACUGUGGCUGAGUUUACUUAAUAAUCUUGCUGUAGAGAUACCUAGCACGGGACAGACGGGAUGCACUUGCUCAGAUCCCAAUCCGCAAGGAGUAACAAUAGGACGAAUUUGCUCCACGACUUGCUUGACGUCGGAGACAUUGUGUUAUGGCCAGACUUGUACCCGAACAACGACUUUUUCGGCUCUUUAUUUCCUUUUUACUGGAGAACAAUUUCUAGGACAAGAGACAUUUCCCAUAUCAUUUGUAAGCACCACCCAGAAGGUACAAAUUGACGAAUUAGAUUGUGAAUUGCUUGAAAGCAAAUGCAUCGCGAAAUCCGCAUCGACGCAAGCGAAAGUAAUCGGCGCAUUAGGUACAGGGGGCGCCAUCGCCUUGUCGAUUGGGAUUUCAAAGGACAAGAAGAGUAAUAAUGAAGAAGAGGAAGAAGAAGAGGAAGAAUAUGACGAAUAUUAUCAAGAACCAGAAUAUUCAAAAAAGUUGUAUCGAAAAUCCAGAAGUUAUUUCGAACAUUUGAAAAGUUCGAUGGUUCCAAUCGAUGAGAAAUUUGAUGUCAUGCCCCGUAGUUUGUUUGGUUUUGCACUGAGAAGAGUAGCACAACCAGCAAAAGGAACAUGUAGCUGUAGCGUCAGCAUUCCGUUAUUAUUCGUUCAAGAAUGUACAACCACUUGCCUGUCAUCCAAACGACUUUGCGGUAAUCAUUUUUGUACCAGGACAUCCGUUUUCAACGCCUUUUUGUAUCCAACCGGAAGCAACAGCGAACUAACAACACAAACAUUUCUGUCCGUUAAUAACAAAGAUUGCGAGAAGUUGACAGCCGAUUGCAUCGCAUCGUCCGCCAUCGGCGCUGUGGCCAAAAUUGGCGCUGCUGCUGGACUGGCCGCUGCGGCUUUAUCGUCCGGAAUGGGAGCAGCUGCUAAACUUUUAAUCGCCGCAAAUUAUAUAAAUAAUAGAACUAGAAAUGAAGACGAGCGUUUGCAUCAAACUUAUACAGGACGCACAGCAAAGAAAUUAAAAUAUUUUGAUUCCCAGAUGAAUUCAAAAUCUUUCUUUGAUGAAAUCGAAUCAUUCCUGGAAAGUUCAAUCGUUGAAGAAAAGAAUUUGAAAAGGUUUCCCAAAAAUAAUCUCUUUAGUUUAUUCAGUGGACGACAAGAAGAUGAGGAUAUCACUGGUUGUACUUGCGAUGACCCAAGUCCAUCAGCGGAGACGAUAGGACGAGCUUGUAGCACAACUUGCACAAAUAGCGAGACGUUGUGUUCCGGCUCGCGAACCUGCUACCGGACCACCACUUUCAUGGCCGUUUAUUCCUUUUUAUCUGGUUCACGGUUAUAUUGUUCUUAUAAUGGUAUAGAAGAUCCACAACUUCUUUCCACCAUUUUAACCAGAACGUUUUCGCAAAUCGACGAAGAAAGAUGUGAAAUACUCGAGAGCCAAUGCAAUGCAGUUGAUACUUUGGCCAAGGCAAGACAACCGGCGGCAGAUGUGGCUGCCUUGUCGGUCGGAUUGGCCGCUGGAGCUGUUGGAAUUGCCGUAAUUAAGGCUAAACAUAGCCAAGUGGAUAAUGCAACAUACGAAGAAUAUGGUGAUUAUCCAUACGUACCAGAUGCCAGACGAAAACGAAGAAAGAGAAUGACAUUAACUAAAGAAAGAAAACAGAAUGAAUUUGAAACAAAAUUGAGCGACAUGCAGACAAGUGAAUUCGACCAACACACUUCGCUUGGCCCACCUAGCAUUGAAAGUUCGAUGGAAGAAAUAUUAAGUGUCCCGACAUUUUUAAAAUUAUCCGGGCGACAAGCGGCUGUAUGCGCGUGUAAUAUUUUAGGGGUUUUUACCGACUGUUGUUCUACAACCUGCUUGGCAUCUGAGCAACCAUGUGGUGGUGGUUGCAGUUACUGCACUCGAACUUCCGUUUUCGAAGCCAGUCAAUAUUUAAUAGGUCCCGAUUCAUUGGACUGGGGCACUUUUUCAGUACUGUCUGUCAAUAACAAAGAUUGUGAAAAGUUACUAGUCGAUUGCAGUAUCGCCUCGUCGACUAUUUUGGCGGCUGGAAGAGUUGCCGCAAUCGGCGUUGGAGUUGGCGGAGGUGUAGCAGCCGGAAUUGCAGUGGCAGCUGUAGUCGACGCCAGCACCAACCAACAAAACAACAAUGACACUAUCAACAACAACAAUAAUAAUAAUAAUCAACAAUCAGCUCAAAUCUCUAAUCAAACCCCCGCAAAUAAUUUACCUAUUCCAGUUGUCGGAUUAAGUUUUCCGGAUGACGGAAGUGGUGACAGUUCCAUUCGAUUUCCUGACGGAAGUAGUCAUCCCAUUUUCAGCAGAGGACCUUGUAAUCAAACUCAGUGGGUUACAGUCAACCCCAUUUCAUUACAGGGUGGAUGCACUCUUCGUCUCUGUGAGGAAGAAAGAGUUUUCGUUGGCCGGACUGGCCUCUGCCAUGACGUCAACGAUCCACUUGAAUGUCAAGGAGGUCGACGUCUUUAUUACACGGCCUACGGAGAUCCGAUUUGCGAUUGUCCCAUCGGACAAUAUCCGUUUCCAGACAGCACCAAAGACGAUUGCGUUUCAUUAUUCUCUCAAGGUUCCUGCCCAAAUCGCCAAGUGUUGGUUAUAACUGAGGACGGUCGACUGAAUUGCGAACCACUUGAAUGUCUGUCGAUUAAUGAAGGCGAUGACGGACGAUUCCAGCAGUUGGUUCCGGAUGAGAAAGGAACUUGUUUCGCUUUGGGUUCACGCGGACCUUGUUCAUCCACUCAAUUGUUGGGUUACGACAUAUUCAAACGACAAUUGCAGUGCGUAGUGGAUCCUUUCUCUCCUGAAUCUUCUCCAUCUCAACAAAACGAACUGGUCGAUGCUGCAGAAAACAGGGAAUUGUAUUCGCAGGAUUACAUCAGUGAACGAAUUGGAUGGAUCAAGUACUUAAUCAGCAUCAGUUUAUUGCAAAGAAGCAAAUUAAUGGAGUCAAUCGAGAGACAAGACAAUGCGGGAAUUCUUCAAUUGCCCAGUUCCUUACCUGGUUCACUCCUUCAUCCUUGUCGCACUGGAACGCGACUAGGCAAUAAUUUCAAAUGCGCCAAUCCUUUAGUGUCUGGUUCCGGUUCUGGAGGGACACGUCCUCCGGUGCGUCCGUUAGUUUCUUGCCCAGCUGGCACUUUCUUGACGGCCUCGGGCUCGUGUGUUGGUGACAGUCGAGCGGCGAAAUGUGGACCUUCGACUCGUUUUAACGAAGCAACUGGACAAUGCCGACCUUUAUUUUGAUUUUCAUUGCGUCAGUAGGUGUUUUGAUUUUGGUUUCAUCUAAGGAAUAAAAAUUUGUCUGAUUGGAUGUAAAAAAUUUGUGUAAUAAAGUGUCAGUUACUCUGUAGUUUCCACGUUAUUCUCUAU